GCUAAAUCACUGAAAUGCAAGGAGGGAGAAACUGAAUCCCCUCUCUCUGUCUUCCAUAUCCGAACACUCGCAAUAAAUUGAAAUUCCGAACUCUAGGAUUUCAGCUUACUCUCUCUGGAUUUUUCGCUCUCUUUCUAGGUAGUAUUUUCUCUCGCUUUCAGCAAAGCUUUUCCCCCCGCCGCCGCUAAGGCUCUUCUUGCUUCCUCUGGUGAGUGCUGUUUUCCGGUUAUUUCCUUAUUUGGUGAAAUAGAAGUUCUGGAGUUGUAUUCCAUUGAUUUCUUUCUUCAAUGGGGGAUGCUGACAAUGCCCUUCCACCUUCAAAGAAAAGGGCUGCUGGAAGGGAGCUCUCUCGAGACACUCCCAUUGAUGAUGAGGAAGAUUCCACAGAAACUGAGAGUGGGACUUUUAAGAGGGCCAGUGAUGAAGUUUUGGCAACUAGGAGAAUAGUUAAAGUUCGUCGCCAACAGACCAAUGCUGCUCCAUCCACAAAUCCUUUUGCUGGAAUACGCUUGGUUUCUCCUGAGUCCAGUGCUACACCUACGGAAGCUACCCCUAAAGCACAAGCAACUAGUGAGAACACUGUUGCAGAUGAUACAAAAUGUACUGAUGGUGUGACUUGUGAUUCUGAGAAAGCUAAAGAUGGGGAUAUUAAACAAUUAGAGAGCAAAGUUGAUGAGUCAGGGAAGAAAUCUACUGAGAUUAAGGAUGCUGCUGAAGAAAAUGUUGUUAAUAGAGAGGACACUGCAGAGGAGAGCACUGGUGAAAAAUCUGAGGUAGAUAAACAACAAAGAGAGGACCAUGAUAAGAAUGAUAAUGAGGAUAAGAAGGAUGCUGAUGAUAAGGAGACUGCUACUGAGGCGGAUGUAGAACAAACUAGUAAAAAUGAUGGAGAUAAGAAAGGUGCUGAAGCAAAACUGAGUGCUGGCGAGGUAGAUAAAGAACAAACUGAUAAAAAUAGUAAUGAGGAUAAGAAGGAUGCUGAAGAUAAAGAGAAUCCUGGUGAGGUGGAAAAAGAACAAACUAAGGUUGGUGAUGAUACAGUAAACGAUGAUCAGAAAGGGAAGAAGGAUGCUGAAGAUAAAGAGAAUACUGGUGAGGUGGAAAAAGAACAAACUAAGGUUGGUGAUGAUACAGUAAACGAUGAUCAGAAAGGGAACACUGAUAAUGUGGCUAAGGAAGACAACACAGUUGAAAGACAAGAGACUAGUUCAGAAGGAACUUCUUUGAAGUCAUUUCAACAGCUUUCAAGCAGCCAAAAUGCAUUUAGUGGUCUCGCUGGAACUGGAUUUUCUGCUUCCUCAUUUUCCUUUGGGUCUUUAUCAAGUGAAGGAUCUGCUCUGGGUAGCGGUUCUGGUUCAAUUUUUGGAAUUAAAAACGAUAAGCCUUUUGGUCUGGGUUUAUCUAACAAUGGAACUUCUGUUUUUGGGGCAACAGGCGCCUCUGCUGCUGCUAAAGCUGAGGGAAGUGGUUUCCCACCAAUGCAGGAGGUCGUAGUUGAAACGGGCGAGGAAAAUGAGAAAGUUGUGUUCAAUGCAGAUUCAAUAUUAUUUGAGUUUGUUGAUGGCAGUUGGAAGGAACGAGGAAAGGGUGAACUGAAGGUGAAUAUUUCUUCAGGAGGGAAUGAAAAGGCCAGACUUCUCAUGAGGACAAGGGGUAAUUACAGGCUGAUUUUAAACGCACGUCUCUACCCUGAUAUAAAGCUCACCAAUAUGGAAAAGAAAGGUGUUACUUUUGCCUGCGUCAAUAGUGCCAAUGAAGGGAAAGAUGGCCUCUCAACAUUUGCCUUGAGAUUCAAGGACGGGUCCAUAGUGGAGGAAUUUAAAGCCACGGUCAUGGCUCACAAGGGCGAGAAAGCGACAGUUCUCAAGACCCCAGAAAACUCCCCCAAGGCUUCUGACGGUUAAUUUAAGAGAGGAUCUUGUUGAUCUGUUUUCUGAGUCUGUCAGUCUUUAGGAAGGAAAAUUUUUACUCUUAUGAGUUAAAUCCGCAUGCCUUUUGUAUGGCAGAGUCUACCAUAUUUGACUAUUUGUAUUUUAAUUUGGGUCGGGUCUACUGUCUCUGUCCAACCGAUAUGGGAACUUGUUUUUGGAUAAAUCUUGGAUUCAGAUUACGCAGGAAUAUUUAAUGAUACUAUAUCCCAAUAUCACGGA